UACCGGCACGUAAGAACUUUCCCUCAUUUAAUAGAUGAUUUGUACGUAAUUAAUAUCGCGUGGAUUCGAAAUAAUACGUAUAAGAAUUUUAGAAUAUCGUUCGGAUCGUUCUAAUAAGUAUUUAGUACGGAGAUCAUUACUUUUUAAGCACGAGAGACGACGUCACCCGCCUCGUGAAAGUGAACUGUUCUCCCUCGUGUGAUGUACUUCCGGUCAGUUUGAAUCAAAAGUUACAUGUUAGAGAAGCCUUCUCUCUUGUAUCAAUUAGGAAUUAUGGCUGAACGUUCGAGACGUGUAUCUUACGCUGGUUUAAGUUUACCAACGCAGCAACCGUCCAGGCGCCUAUCGUACGCUGGUCCUAGUGGAUCUAGAUUGACUAUACAAGAGGUAUGUGGAGUGCUGGAUAAUAACGAUAGAUCGAGAAGACCCAGUAAGCACUCAGAGGAAUCAUUUGCCUGCUCUCAGCAAUCAGUCUUAAGUGCCAUGGAUCGUUUUGUAGUAGCAGUUAACAACAUGGAUGCUACCGUUCUAGUACCAUCCCGCUUAAGAGAUAUGGACAUCACAAAACCGUUACCGUCGAGCAUCAACAAUCCCGAUCUGUUCAGUUUUUAUAACAUGUUGAAAGACGUCAAGAACGAGCUGCUGUGGGGACCGGUCUCUCCGGAGUUGCCGAAACAACAGCAGCAACAGCGGAUACCGGCCGCCUCGGGUUCCAGACACAUCAGACAGCCCUCCGACGGGAGCCUGGGAAGCACCGGCUCCUAUUCCGACCAGGAAACGGACAGUGACAUGGAUAGUCUGAUGACCGAAAGUUCCGCCGAGCAGACUUUCAAACUCUCCAGUGCUUUUCGGCAUCAUAUGCAGGGUCUCCAUUCUAUCCUACACGAGUUAGCUAAUUCUGCAAAUUAUCUCGCCAGUCUCUAUCAAGAAGAGGUCGACGCGACUUCUCCUUAAGAUUUUUAGUACCGUAAAUACUUAAAGUUGUUCUUUGGUUCGGUUUACUAUUUAAAAAAUAAAAAAAAAAAACAAUUUCCGUUCAUCUGUACGGAGCGUGGUGCGGCCUCAUCAGAUGA